AUGUCUUCCCCUGUGACGCAGAUAAUCUACUUGACAGUCGAUCCGGAUAGAGAUCUCACAAACCCGAGAUGUGAAGCCGGCAGAAGAUGGUCUGAAGCAUUGGAUUUGCUGGAAGGGCACGGCGGCUUCCGGCGCCUGUACUGGGGUCGAUCGCCAGAAGACAGGUCCAAAGUCCAGCUGCAUAUCGUUCGAGAGCAACUCUCACAGCACCAGGACUUCCUCAACUCGCCCCGAUUCUCGAAAUUCCAAAGCAUCCUACAAGAUGUGGUUGAUUCUCCGACGAGUGUGUCGGUCCGUCAUGCGUACAUCAAGGAGUUUACUCCCAACUGUCAAGCCUUGGGAAAGGGCGCCCCCGUCACUGGGUCGGCGAUCUAUGUGUCCACGGAUGCCGCGUGGCAUGAAGGUGCUUGGCCGCUGUGGACGCAUAUCGUGAGAUAUGUGGAUGGCUGUCUGGGCUGCGCAGGUGGCCCGGUCCUCGAGGCCGUUGACGGGCACGACAACUCGUACAUUGUGUACGUUGGCUGGGAGAAUAUCGAGAAACAUGAGGCCUAUCAUCAUACCAAGCACUUUGAGCAUCGGAGAGUCAUUCUGGGUUUGGGCAAUAAGGGAUAUCGAGAGUAUGGGCACAUCAAGUUUGAAGGGUCCAGAGAGCCCACUGCGUGGCGGCUGUGA